AUGAACUGUACGGACACUACUCGCUUGUGCACAUCCUUUUUAGCAUUUAAGCCCGAAGCCAAUGAGACCCUUUCGGUGAUUCAGAGCAUGUUCGAUGUGUUACCUGAAGACGUGACGGUGGAAGGCGGUGAUGGGCGGGGCUAUGUGUUUAUAAAAAAGAACUGUUCUUGUGCUGAUGGGAUCAAGAAGUACUUGACCAACACAACGUUUACUGUGAAAUCAGGAGAUGGGUAUGUUUAUAACAUGGUUAUGGAGGCCUAUGGUGGGCUGACUUUUUGCCCAACACGACUAGGCGGGCCAGAUACGGCGCCGUUGUGUCGUUGA